UGGCCUGCCGGCUCUUCUUUCCGUCAUCCUCAGCCAGACUUAGCUGCUGACAGCUGCUUGGGACUCUGCCGCUAGGACCUGACCCAGACCAGUAGCCUCUCCUCUCUCACGGUGACUCCGGAACAACAGCCCCUCCAUGGCCCAAAAAGAAGAGGCUACUGCGGCUGCUGCUCCUGCCUCCCAAAAUGGGGAGGACCUGGAUGACUUGGAGAACCCCGAGAAGCUGAAGGAGCUCAUUGAGCUGCCGCCCUUUGAGAUCGUCACAGGGGAGCGGCUGCCUGUCAACUUCUUUAAGUUUCAGUUCCGGAAUGUGGAGUACAGUUCUGGGCGGAACAAGACCUUCCUCUGCUAUGUGGUUGAAGCACAGGGCAAGGGAGGCCAAGUGCAGGCAACCCGGGGAUACCUAGAGGAUGAGCAUGCAGCUGCCCACGCAGAGGAAGCCUUCUUCAAUACCAUCCUGCCAUCCUUUGACCCGGCCUUGCGGUACAAUGUCACCUGGUAUGUGUCUUCUAGUCCCUGUGCAGCUUGCGCUGACCGCAUUAUCAAAACCCUUGGGAAGACCAAGAACCUGCGCCUGCUCAUUCUGGUGGGCCGACUCUUCAUGUGGGAGGAACCAGAGAUCCAGGCUGCUCUGAAGAAACUGAAGGAGGCUGGCUGCAAACUGCGUAUCAUGAAGCCCCAGGACUUCGAGUACAUCUGGCAGAAUUUUGUGGAGCAAGAAGAGGGUGAAUCCAAGGCCUUCGAGCCCUGGGAGGACAUUCAGGAGAACUUCCUAUACUAUGAGGAGAAGUUGGCGGACAUCCUGAAGUAGGCAGCUGGGCGUGGCCUCAUGUCUGCCUGCUGCCUGCUGCCACCAACGGAUAACAGUGACAUGUAUGCCACCUUGAACAUGCCUGUCUUCCUAAUAUUACCACCUGGAGCUGGACAACAUUUGACACCAAACAACUGUUCUGGACAAGGCCCUCAGAGGACUCAAUACGCUUCUCACUGCUACAAUUCAUUCAGGCUGUGACUAUCCUUUAAUGCUGCUUUUGGGAAAGAGGAAAGUGAAAAACAAGGAGAGAAAAGCAACCACAUAUGGGCACCAGGCAUCUGUGGGGCUGCAGGUCUUAAUGACUCCCCAACGGAGCUGCUUAAGGCAAAGGCCCUCAGACCCAUGGUACAGAUCUUUGAAAUACACUCAGAAAUGCAUUUUAUGUUAAAUUGGGCUGUUUUAUUUUUUUUUUUUUUUAAGAAAGAAAAACAGCAAUAUUAAUAAAGAAAAUAGUGUGGCUUU